GCCAUGGGGACGCCGAGCGGCCCGGAGAAGGGGUGCCAGCCGCCUCCGGUACCGGAGUGCGACGCGGAGGACCGGCCCCAUGGGGCUACGCAGCCCCAGGCGCACCCUGAGGACGCCCACAAGCCGGAGGCCCCCGAGGCCCCCGAGGAGCCCCAGAGAGUGAAGGAGCUUCCCAGCGGCCGAGGAGCUGAGCAGCAGGCUGAGGAAGAGGAAGAAGUGGGAGAAGGCAGCAGCACGGAGAGCAGCCGCGACGCGAGGGAGGCUCCGCCCCCAGCACCGAUCCCGGCCACGCCCCCCACAUCCGCCCAGCCUGGGGAGAAGGUGCGAGGGGCGGCACGGCGGCUUCGAGAGCAGCAGCUGGAGGCACUGACUCGCGUGGCCCUGAUGGAGCAGCGAGUGAAGGAGCUACAGCGCCAGAGGAAGGAGCUGCGGAUCGAGAUGGAGGUGGAAGUGGCCCUUCUGCGGGGCGAGCUGGCUGGGGAGCGAGUGGCUGCCCGGCGCGAGGAGGAGCAGCUCCGGGAGCUGCUUGGACAGCAGGUGGAAACCGAGCCGGGCAGCCGGGAGCAGCGGGAACAGGAGCAGAAGCGGCUGAGCCAAGAGCGGGAUCGAGUGGAGGGUCUUCGCCAGAGACUCCAGGAGGCCCAGGGACAGCUCAGCUCGCAGCCGGAGGACCAGCGUGAGCGGCUUCUGCAGGGGGUACAGGAGAUGAGGGAGCAGCUUGAUGUGGCCCAGCGUGCCUACGAGGACCUAGAAUUCCAGCAGCUGGAACAGGAGAGCCGGCGAGAGGAUGAGGACCGGGACAGCCCCGGAGCCCGGGCACUGGACCCCAAGGUCCAGGCACUUCAGGCCAGCGUGGCGCAGCACAGGCGCCGCAUCCAGGUCUUAGAGGAGCAGCUCAAGUCGCUGGGGGAGCAGAUGGCCGCUGAGAGCAGGGGGCUGAGCCGGAAGAAGGAGGAGGCCCUUGAGGCCCUGACGCAGGAACGGAGUCGACUGCUCCAGCUCAAUUGCCUUCAGGGAGCCCCCGGAGGGGACUUCUCGGAGUCCAGCCAGGCCCUCACUAAGCUCCUGUUCACCCAGAAGACAGACCGCCAGCUGCUGGUGCUGCAGGACCCCGCCGUCCACACCGCCGCCUCCGCUUCUUCCUGCCUCUUCUCCGUUCACAGCUCUCUGCAGGGCUCCAUCGGCCUCCAGAGGACUGGAAGCCUGUCCCGGAAGAGGGGAGAGAGAGCGAGCCAGAGGGGAUCCCCCCGACCUCUGUCCCUCCACUGUACUGGACCCCUGGAGGCCUCAGCCCUGCCACCAGCAUCGGGACACUCUGGAAGACACCCACUCUAUCAGCUGCUGAACUGUGGCCCUGGGAACAGCUGUGGGGCCCUCCACCCAGACAUCGCCCGCAUGGAGCGGCUCCUGCAGCAGGCGGUGGCGGAGAGGGAGCGACUGCUCAAGGCCAGGGAAGGGAUGAGAAAGAGCACAGAAUGUUCCUCGGGCCCUGCCGUACCUGCCAUCAUGGCCCCGCCCACACCCCCACCGCCCCCCCCAGGCCCACGGGUCUUGGAUCUCCGGCAGCACCUGGAACGCUGGGGCCACAACCCGGACAACUGCCCGCACGUGAGGGUGUCCGGGGGCUGCUGCCGCGGGUCCCUGGUGAAGAUGGGCGGCCGCAUUAAGACCUGGAAGAAGCGGUGGUUCUGCUUUGACCGCCAGGCCCGCCGUCUGGCCUACUACGCCGACAAAGAAGAGACCAAGCUCAAAGGCGUCAUCUACUUCCAGGCCAUCGAGGAAGUCUAUUACGAUCACUUACGCUGUGCCUUCAAGAGCCCCAACCCUCGCCUGACGUUCUGCGUGAAAACCUACGAACGCCUCUUCUACAUGGUAGCACCGAGCCCCGAGGCCAUGCGCAUUUGGAUGGACGUCAUCGUUACCGCCGCGGAUGAGAAUCACGCCCCCUGAAGGCCCCGCCCCCUCGGGGGACGUCCCGGUGGGGCUCCGCCCCUGCCUCGCCCGCCGCCGGCAAGCCUGGGCCCGCCCCCGUGGAACUUCCGGGAAUCCUGCAGGUGCCGCAGUUCGGCCGGCCCGAGCCGUGGCGUUGGGGGCUGCAGGUGCCUUCCCGCUACGGGAAGCCAGCCCCUGGGCCCUGCCCCGGGCAGGAGGAAGAUGGCAGGGGCGGGAAGGAACUAUUUAUUGGUGCUCCUGUGAUACCGAAUUAAACACGGAGGAAAACA